UUGGUGGAUCAGUUGGUCGGUGGGUCAGUGGCCUGCAGCCUGGCUCUCAGCUCUCAUGUUCCGAGGUGAGAGGGACACGCGAGCGGCCCGCACACCUGACCCGCCCGGAGAGGAGCCCCGCACCCAGUAAGAGAAGGAGGAGACCAAGCAGGGAGACGGAGCCAUGGCUUCUGAGGCCAGUCACGCGCUGGAAGCUGCCCUGGAGCAGAUGGACGGGAUCCUUGCAGGCACGAAAACAGGUGCAGAUAUUACUGACGGUACCCGUGAGCCUGGCCUGGCCUCCCCGGCCUCCUACAUGAACCCCUUCCCAGUGCUUCAUCUCGUUGAGGACCUGCGGCUGGCCCUGGAGACACUGGAGCAUCCCCAGGAGAGAGCAGCACUCCUGAGCCAGGUCCCGGGCCCCACAGCCGCCUACAUAAAGGAGUGGUUCGAGGAGAGCGCGUCCCAGGUAAAUCACCACAGUGCUGCUAGUAAUGAAACAUACCAGGAACGCUUGGCCCGUCUAGAAGGAGAUAAGGAGUCCCUCAUAUUACAGGUGAGCGUCCUCACAGACCAAGUGGAAGCCCAAGGCGAGAAGAUUCGGGACCUGGAGGUGUGUCUGGAAGGACACCAGGUGAAACUCAAUGCUGCUGAAGAGAUGCUCCAACAGGAGCUGCUAAGUCGCACAUCUCUUGAGACUCAGAAGCUCGAUCUGAUGACUGAAGUGUCUGAGCUCAAGCUCAAGCUGGUUGGCAUGGAGAAGGAGCAGAGAGAGCAGGAGGAGAAGCAGAGGAAAGCAGAGGAGUUACUGCAAGAGCUCAGGCACCUCAAAAUCAAGGUGGAGGAGCUGGAAAACGAACGGAAUCAGUAUGAGUGGAAGCUGAAGGCCACUAAGGCUGAGGUAGCCCAGCUGCAGGAGCAGGUGGCCCUGAAGGAUGCCGAAAUUGAGCGUCUGCACAGCCAGCUCUCCCGGACUGCGGCUCUCCACAGUGAUCAUGCGGAGAAAGACCAAGAAAUUCAACGUCUGAAGAUUGGGAUGGAGACUUUGCUUAUUGCCAAUGAAGAUAAGGACCGUCGGAUCGAGGAGCUCGCGGGGCUGCUGAACCAGUACCGGAGGGUGAAGGAGAUCGUGAUGGCAACUCAACGGCCUUCAGAAAGAAAUCUCUCAAUCCAUGAAGAAGAGCCAGAGGGAAGUUUCAGAAGGUGGAACGCUACGAAUAAAGGCCUUGAAGAAUUACUUAAACCAGAGAUGCCUCCAAGAUGCAGCCCUCCUGUGGUGGCGCCACCGCCACUUCCACAGAAAUCACUGGAAACCAGGGCUCAGAAGAAACUCUCCUGUAGUCUAGAAGACUUGAGAAGUGAACCUGUGGAUAAGUGUGUCAAUGGGAACCAAGUCUCCCUGGUGGGAGAGCCCAAGGACAGCCCUUUCCUGGCGGAGCACAAGUACCCCACGUUGCCUGGGAAGCUUUCAGGAGCCGUGCCCAAUGGAGACGCUGCCAAAUCUGCUCCCCCCGCCUCCCAGCCUGACCCCGUAGGAACCAGCCUGCCGAGGCUGAGAGACACAGAGAGUGGCUGGGACGACGCUGCGAUGGCCAAUGACUUCUCAUCCACGUCAUCUGGUACUGACUCGGGCCCCCAGUCUCCCCUGACACCAGAUAGUAAACGGAGCCCCAAAGGCAUCAAGAAAUUCUGGGGAAAAAUCCGAAGAACUCAGUCAGGAAAUUUCAACACGGACGCGCCGGGGAUGGCGGAGUUCCGGCGAGGCGGGCUCCGGGCGACUGCAGGGCCAAGGCUCUCUAGGACCAGAGACUCCAACGGUCAGAAAAGCGACGCCAACGCCCCCUUUGCCCAGUGGAGCACGGAGCGCGUGUGUGCGUGGCUGGAGGACUUCGGCCUGGCGCAGUACGUGAUCUUUGCCAGGCAGUGGGUGACUUCGGGCCACACUUUACUGACAGCUACCCCUCAGGACAUGGAAAAGGAGCUGGGAAUUAAGCACCCUCUUCACAGGAAGAAGCUGGUGUUGGCAGUGAAGGCCGUCAACACCAAGCAGGAGGAGAAGUCUGCCCUUCUAGACCACAUCUGGGUGACACGGUGGCUGGACGACAUCGGCUUACCCCAGUACAAAGACCAGUUUCAUGAAUCCAGAGUGGAUGGACGCAUGCUGCAGUACCUAACUGUGAAUGACCUACUCUUCUUAAAAGUCACCAGCCAGCUCCAUCAUCUCAGCAUCAAAUGUGCCAUCCACGUGCUGCACGUCAACAAGUUCAACCCCCACUGCCUGCACCGGCGGCCAGCCGACGAGAGCAGCCUUUCUCCCUCAGAAGUUGUGCAGUGGUCCAACCACCGGGUAAUGGAGUGGUUGCGAUCCGUGGACCUGGCGGAGUACGCACCCAACCUGCGUGGGAGUGGCGUCCACGGAGGUCUCAUUAUCCUGGAGCCUCGCUUCACUGGGGACACCCUGGCUAUGCUUCUCAACAUCCCACCACAGAAGACGCUCCUGAGACGCCACCUAACUACCAAAUUCAGUGCUCUGAUUGGUCCCGAGGCGGAACAGGAAAAGCGGGAGAAAAUGGCCUCACCAGCGUACACGCCGCUGACCACCACAGCCAAGGUCCGGCCAAGAAAACUGGGAUUUUCACACUUUGGAAACAUAAGAAAAAAGAAGUUUGAUGAAUCAACGGACUACAUUUGCCCGAUGGAGCCCAGUGACAGUGUCGGUGACAGGGUCUACAGUGGCUACCGGGGCCUCAGCCCACUCGAUGCCCCCGAAGUGGACGGGCUGGACCAGAUGGCACCUUCGGAAGGCACUGUGACGCAAAUAGGGCUCCUCUCCCAAGACAUUCACCGCCUCACGACCAUGCUGAGCGAGGACCAGAUGCUGAACGACUCCCACCUGGCUGUUCCCGGCUCUGAGGACUGGAGGUGACUUCACAGUAGAGUGCUGGGAGAGGCACGU